AUCAAAAUCCCUCAUUUCAAUUGAAACUUCAACCCUAACUCUCACUUCCUCUCUUCUUCUCUCCCACCGACGGACGACUGACGACUGGUCAUCAGAGAGUUGUCAUUGGUUUCUCGUGAAGACGGUGCUGCCGGAGUUGUCUUCGUCUCUACGAUCCACGACGACGACGGCGGCCAGUGGAAACACUUGUGAGAACUGGACGAUUGGACGACGACGACGACGGAAGACUGGAGACUGGACGACGACGACGACGACUGAACUACUGGGGUACUGGACUCGAGCUCGACUUCACCUAACUACGGCGGGCGACGGACGACUGAACGACUGGACUCGAGCAGCUCGACUUCACCUCACUACGGCCGACCACGGACGACGGACCAAGGACUUUGAGAAGUCUCUGAUUGAGUUUACUUGCAAUUUCUUACGGAGAUUUGUUAAUCUAGAUCGAUGGAGUUCCAUUUUUUUAUAUGUUUUUGGGAAUUUUCUUGGUCUGGAGUCUGCGGACGAUCCUUAUACUGGGUGUGAGGUAAUCUCAUCCUUGGAUAGCUAGGGUUUCGUUGAGAAGGGGAGUUCUAUCUGUACCCAUCUUUAUAUUUUAAAAGGAUAUUGUAGGGCCAACAACCACUACAACUCAUGUCUCUAACAACUCUGUGGCAAGCUCUGACACUGAGUGUAAUUCCGCUGCUUCCCGGCCCAUUCAAAGAACCUAUAGGUCUGAAAUGAAUACCAGCAUUUUCAACUCUCUUGAGGACAUCCUCCACUAAAUCUGAAUAGUCAUCUACACCCUUGCAUAGCCAUGGCAGAUGCAGAGCCAGUUAUGGGUGUUGAAUCAACUUCUUCUAUGGUAGAACAGCUUGGGAAGGCAUUUGUUGAAUUUGAAUCUUACAAGAAUUCCUCUGAGGAGACAGUUCUGUGGAAGGAAGUUGAAGAUUAUUUCCACAAUCUUCAGGAACUAUUAAAGAAGAGAACUGAUGAGUUAGAAGAAAAGGAGAGGGAAUUUGAGGACAAGCAAUCUCAAACUCGCACGUUGGUUGCUGAGAGAGAAGUAGUUGUUGCUGCUAAAGAAAAAGCUCUAUUGGAUCGAGUGCAGGAGAUAAAAGAUUCUGCUGUUGCUGCCAUUACGGAGGCUCGAGAGAAAUACGAACCCCCAUCCCCAGAGCCGGAAGAUGUUGGAGAUGGCACAGAAAACAAGGUAAGCAGCUCAUUUGAUGGUGAUACCAAUGCAUCCCUCCCUACUUUGGAGGUGAAAUCCCCUCAUAAAUCUGGGGAAAAUGCUGAUGCUGUGGCUGUUGAAGUGAAGCCCUGUCCUGAGCUGACGCAAUUUUGCGAACAGAUGGAUUCAAAAGGGCUUCUUAAUUUUGUUAUGGAGAACCGAAAAAAUUUUGCUGCUGUUCGUGAGGAAAUUUCUGUUGCAUUGAGAAGUGCAACUGAACCGGCCCGUUUGGUGCUGGAUCCUUUGGAGGGGUUUUACCCUCCUGAUCAAACUACCCAUCAAAGUAACAAGAAGGAUGCAGCCCUCCAGGGCAUGCGCAGAUCAUGUGUUAUGUUGAUGGAAGCUGUUGCCCCCUUGUUGGCGGGGGCAGAACCUGGUGCUGAUCACCCUCUGAGCCCUGAAAUCAAGCAGCAAGCCAAGGCAUUUGCUGAUGACUGGAAGCCUAAGUUGGCUGGUGCGGACAUUGAUGCAGCCAAUGGAAAUUCAUUGGAAGCAGAGGCAUUUCUGUGGCUCCUCGCAACUUAUAAGAUUGCUUCGGAGUUUGAUGAAGAAGAACUUAGCAAGCUUGUUCCUGCUGUUGCUCGUCGCAGGCAGGCACCUGAGCUCUGCCGUUCUCUUGGGCUAACACACAAAAUGCCAGGUGUUGUUGAAUCGCUGGUCAGCAGUGGAAGGCAAAUUGAUGCUGUCCACUUUAUUCAAGCUUUCCAGCUUACUGAGAGCUUCCCUCCAGUGCCCCUGUUAAGGACAUACUUGAAGGACUUGAGGAGAAACUCACAAGUAAAGGGUGGUUCAGGAGGUGCUGUUGGUCCUCAGAAUGAUGUAAAUGCACAGGAGCUUGCCGGAUUAAGGGCUGUCGUCAGAUGUGUUGAGGACUACAAGCUUGAAGCAGAAUAUCCACUGGAUCCACUGCAGAAACGAGUGGCUCAACUGGAGAAAUCAAAAGCUGAUAAGAAAAGGAUGGGAGAAAUGGCAAAGCAUCAACCACCAAAGAGGGCUCGGGCAAAUGGAGGAUACUUGGGCCUCGUAUGCCUGUUGCUGCUGUGGAGAGGCAGCCUCCAGUUUUCAAUGAGAGGGGAGCUUACAUGGGAGCAACGGAAAGGUAUCCUCAUGCUGGUCCAACUGCUUAUGAUUAUCAAGUUCCUAGCCAGGGAGCAUACACCCAGCAGCAGCCAAAUGCACAAAGGCCAUUCUAUUAUCCCCAAGAUGAGAGGUCUACAGCUAGCACAUAUGAUGCUGCUCCAUCAAAUUAUGCUGCCUAUAUGGGUAGUGGGUUGCAGUCCUCACAUCAAGCAUAUAUGUAAUACAAAUUCUGAAAUACAUUAGGAAAACCUUUCUGCAUGGGGAUGCGCAGGGAAGUCUAAAG